GGGCCUGCCCAAAGCUCGGUCCGACCCGGCCCGGUGCCGCCCCCGAGCGGCCGGGAGGAGGCGGCGGAUCCCCGUGCCGGUCUCGCCCCGUAGGGCCGGUGCAAUCACUGCCGUUACGGCCUCGGCCCUGCCCCGCUCCAUGGGGACUGAGGUGCCGCUGGGAGCCCGGGGCCGUGACUCAGGGCCCGUGUUCAGUGGGGUUGCUCCUGAAAUUAUCGAGGACACCCUGAUCCACUUGGCCACGGAGAACGAGCAGUACCUGAGCGAGCUGCCCGAGCAGGCCGGGUGCUUCAAAGAGACGCGGAUCGUGGAAUUUAUAUUCCUUUUGUCUGAAAAAUGGCACUUGGACCAGUCCACACGGUACCAGGCAGUGGAGUUACUUGAACGGUUCAUGAUCAAGCAGGUAGAGCAGAUGUGUGAUGACAGAGGGAGCACACAAGGCCAGAGGAGCAGCUGGAGCUCUGUCAGGGAUCAGAUCACCAACACCUUUGUCCUGAGACUCGUGUCCUGUGUUCAGCUUGCCAGCAAACUGUCUCUGCACUACAGUAGAGUGACCAGUGACACAGCUUUAACAUUUCUGCAAUCCAUAAAAUACUCCUGCACUAAACAGGAAUUGCUGGAGUCAGAGCUUGCUGUUUUAAACACUCUGCACUUCCGUAUCAGCGUUUCAACCCCCUUGGCCUACGUGGAAUUGCUCCUGGAGGUUCUAGGAUACAAUGGCUGCUUGCUUCCUGCCAAACCUUUACACCAGCUGUGUGUGCAGCUGCUGGACUUCUGCUACCUGACCAGAGAGACCAUCUAUGACACCCUGCUGAAGAUCGCCAUCGAGAACUCCACACCAAGCAAACUGCAGAUAGCCAAGUUUUUAACAGUGAAGGAAGAUUUCAUGCUCCUGGCUGUUGGAGUCAUCAGUACAGGUGUGUUCAUCCUGAGCUCCGGGCACUGGGAGCAGACUGUGGAGCAUUUAAACUGCAUCACUGGCAUUACUCCCCAGAGCAUCCUGGAGUUCUCCUACGCCGUGGUGAGGCGCAUCGUUGGCAGCACCACACCCGAGCAGCGCCGUGGCACCAAAUCUCCUCAGCACAGAAUUCCUCCUCAGAAAUAA